CACGUGACCAUAAGGGUGUUUCCCUCAGUAUACUGUAAAUACAUCUGUUGAUCUAUUUGUCUGCAAGAGUUUAAAGUCAUCUGGAACAAGAAGGAUCCUAAAAACACAUGGAUCCAGUGGGAGUGAAUUCAAUAGAGACUGCAGCUCUAGGAAGACCCUUCCAGCUGGGGAUGCUGUAUGACUGCAGGAGAGAUGCUCUCGUACCAGGAAUCAGACUUUGGAGUAAAGAGCAGCUGCAGCAGAACAUAAGCACUAAACCCCAAAUUAAUACAGAUUUCACAGUCUCAGCUUCAGAUUCGAUUGAAGAAAAAUCUAAAUUGCUGAAUAUUGAUGGAUGUCUGAAACUGAGUAUUUUAGGUGGACUCAUCAAUGUAAGUGGAGCAGCAAAUUUUCUCAAAGACACCAAGAAAUCAUUCAAUCAACAGAGACUCACAUUACAUUAUCAUUCAACCACUAAGUUUGAAGAACUGAUCAUGAACCACUUUGCUUCUGGAGACAUGGCUCACUAUGACAAUGAUGUAGCCACACAUGUAGUGACAGCAGUGCUGUACGGAGCAGAUGCCUGCUUUGUUUUUGACAGAGAAGUUUCUUUAGAUGAGGACAAAAGAGUGAUAGCUGGAGAAGUAAAUGCUGCAUUAGAGCAGCUAAAAGGUAUUUCAGCUGGUGCUAGUAUGAGACUGAAUGACAAUCAGAAGACUGCUGUCCAAAAAUUCAAGUGUACAUUUUAUGGCGACUUCCAGCUACCAUGUAACCCGACCUCUUUUGAAGAUGCUAUGAAGGUUUUUGAAGAUCUUCCGAAACUGCUGGGAGAAAAUAAAGAGCUUGUGGUUCCUCUGAGAGUUUGGCUUUAUCCUUUGGACAAACUUUUCUCAAGAGAUGUAAAGUUUCAACAUGAAAUCAGCACAGGUUUAAGCACAGACAUUGAAUCUGUUAUUGAGAGUUUAAGUAAGACUGAGAUGAAAUGCAGUGAUCUUCUGACAGACACGCCUGCUUCGACAUUUACUGCAUUUCAUGAAAAAAUCACUGACAUGAAGAAAAACUGCUACCAGUGCAGAUUGAGUCUCGUGAAGAAACUCGGCUCUCUCUUACCAAAGAUCCGUGGAAAAUUUAUAGAGGAUACAGCAUUGAUCGAUCUUCUACAUGAACAUGAGGAAUCUCCAUUUGAAAGAAGUGCUCUUGAACAAUGGCUGAAAGAGAAAGAGGACGAAUCUGAAAUCGUUAAAAUAUUGCUCACACAACUGAAUGACUCAGGAGCAAUGGUAGAAAUCAAACUCAAUACAAAUUUAAUGAAUCUGGAAGUCAAACAUUUAGUCAGCUACACUUUCACAUCAUUGAGUUGGACAGAUGUGCUGCUUUCUAAACAAAAGGCCUUCCUGAGUCCUUCAACAAAAGGAAAAAAUGAGGAGAAAAGCUCUGAAUCUGAACACAAGACUUGGCUCGCACCUGACAUCCAAAAGACAAUGAGGAACAACUUGAAGGUAUUUAAAAACUUGAUCGAUUUAAAUGAUUGCACAUCAGCCAAAUUCAUUGUUGCAUCAGAAGAAAUGGAAAAUAAUCCAGGUUCCUGCAUACUGCUGUAUGAAAAUGAAUCUAAUGAAGCUGUUUGCUUCACUCCUCCAUCAAAACCAUACUGUCCAAUCAUUGAAGAUGUCAGAUGUACUCAAGUGGUUUUGAAAGUGUCUCCACCGUGUCCUGCUACAGAGGAGCUCAAACUACUGUACAAAAUGAAGGAAGAGAAAGACUGGACAUCUCAAACUGUGUCAAAGAACCAGAAUACAGUUACUCUGACUGAUCUCAGACCAGAUACUGAGUACAAUAUUAAAUGUGCAGCAGUGGGAAAACUCAACUACACCGUAGACAGUGAUGUGACGCGUCUCACAGUCAUAAACCAGAAUCUCAUAAAGGCCAAAGAGUCUGCUAUCGAAAAUAUAAACUGGACUGAAAACAAGUGCAGUGAACUUUUGGAAAACACCAGAGAAACAACUUUUAGUGCACUUCAUAAGAAAAUACAGGAUAUGAGGCAAAACUGCCAAAUAUAUAGAAAAAAAUUCAGUGACCGAAUUAAAUCUGUGAUCCAGUCAGUUAAUGCUUGUGAGAAAGAGUCUUGUGCUCUGAAGGAUCUUCUACAAGCUCAUGAUGAGUCUCCAUUCAAUGAAAACAGUCUGAAAGAGUGGAUCACAGUGAAAGAAAAAGAAUUAAACACUGUUUAUGAGUUUCUUCGACAGUUAGUGGACUUUGGAGCCGAAGUGAAUAGAAACUUGGACUCAUAUCUGUCAGAUAUUCAGGUGGAGAAUGUGUUUUGUUACACUUUCAGUUCUCUUGAGCAACCAGAUAAGUUGAUUAAUGAGCAAGAAAAUUACAUGAAUCCUCAAAUGAUGAGAAAUCCACAGAAGAAACCUGGUGUGGCGUCUCAAUCAUGGCUCACUGGAAGAAUCAGGGAGAAAAUGAGAGAACAUCUGAAAACAUUUAAAGAGCUGAUGACGUCAUGUAGGAGUGAAAGCACUAAAUUUAUGGUUUCCAUGAAAGACCAUGAAAAGCAUCCAGGUUCCUGCAUUCUUCUGUAUACAAAUGAAUCUAAUGAAGCUGUUUGUUUUACUUCUCCAUCAAAACCAGACUGUCCAAUCAUUGAAGAUGUCAGAUAUAGGCAAGUGGUUCUGAAAGUGUCUCCACCGUGUCCUGCUACAGAGGAGCUCAAACUACUGUACAAAAUGAAGGAGGAGAAAGACUGGACAUCUCAAACUGUGUCAGAGAACCAGAAUACAGUUACUCUGACUGAUCUCAGACCAGAUACUGAGUACAAUAUUAAAUGUGCAGCAGUGAGAAAACUCAACUACAUCACUGAAUCUGAUGUCACCACAGUUAUCACAAAGGAUAUAAAUGAUCUCAUCAAGAAAAAUAUCUUAAUUGAAGAUGGAAAUCCUGCUCGAUACCGUCUGCAAACAAAGACAGGAAAUUUGGAUCAAUCUGAACCAUAUAGAAAAAUGACCUUUGGAGAGAGAGACAAAAACAAACCCCAUAAAACCAUUCUGAUGGUGGGAGAAACAGGAACAGGAAAAACAAAACUAAUCAACGCUAUGAUCAACUACAUGUUGGGUGUUCAGAGAGAAGACAAGGUUUGGUUUGAGAUCACAGAUGAACAGAGUGACCGAACAUCAGCUCACAGUCAGACCUCCAGAAUCACUGUUUAUGGGUUUUAUCCACAAGAGAGUCCAAUCCAUUUAACAAUCAUCGACACUCCAGGAUACAGAAACACUCGUGGAGUUGAGAAAGAUAAAGAGAUCGCUGAGAGUUUGCUUAAUUUAAGUAAAUCUGCAGAAGGUGUUCAUGAAAUAGAUGCAGUGUGUCUGGUGAUUAUGGCACAACAAAACCGACUCUCUGACAGACAACAAUACGUUUUUGAUGCUGUUCAGUCUUUAUUUGGAAGAGAUAUUGCUGAAAACAUUGUCUUGCUCUUCACACACUCAGAUGGAGCUCGACCUAAAAAUGUCCUGAAGGCUGUUAAAGAGGCUAAAAUCAAGUGUGCAGUGAAUGACAAGAAGAAGCCAGUGUUUUUCCUGUUUGACAACUGUCAAGGAGAAACAUUUCAUGAAGAAUUUCAGAUGGUCCAAGAGCAUUCAUGGAAUCUCAGUUUUAAAGGAAUGACAGGAUUUUUCAAGUUUCUUGACAACAUAAAACCAAAAUCCUUGAAGAUGACUCAAUAUGUUUUGCAGAAUCGGAAGCAUUUGGAGGCAAAUAUUUCCAAUCUCCAAUCAUGUGUUCAAAAGACAGAACUAAAGCAAAAUGAGUUUAAACAAACUCAAGAAGCUCUGAAGCAGAACAAGAAGAGAACAUAUGAAAAUUUACUGAAGGAUUAUGAUGGGAAGAUUGGUGAUGAUGUGUCUUUUGUCAAGAAGCUGGAAGAAGAACUGCAAGAAUUAGAGAAAGAGAAAAUAAAGCUGGUGUUUGAAGCUUUUGACUGUGUGGAAACUCUGGAGAUGAUCACUCUCAACACUGAAUCUCUGAUCACACUUCUGUACAUUGAUUUUCUGAUUGAGAAGCUGAAGGAAAUUAAUGAGCCUGAAAAAGCUGAAAUACUGGAAAACAUCAAGAAGAGAGCAGGAGAAGAAAAACAUGGAGCUCUGGGAUUUAUUAAAAAAAUUCAUAAGUAUUUUUGAAUGCAACUUAACAUCUGUGGUCACGUUAAGUUUUUCUUUUCUUUUUUUCUCUCAUUUUUAAGUUGCUUUGAAUAAACAACAUCUGCUAAAUUAGAAAAUGUCAAAUACUAUGUUGAUUAUUGUAAUUUAUAUGUUUGUUGUUUUUCCUGAAGAAUACAUCAAAAAUUGACGGCAGCAUAAUGUAAACAGUUUCUGCAGUAAGUUACUGUUAAUUACAGCAAUACUAUUGUGAAAUCAACAAAUAGAUAGAAUAGUUGUAUUUUUGGAAAAUGAUGUGCGUUUAAUCAUGUUCACUGUGGCUCUAUAGAAACUGUUUGUAGUUGUAUUUUGAAGCACUGCCACCUAGAGGCCAUAUCAGAAAAUGUUGAGAAUCAUCCUACAGAUAUAAAGACACAAUUAUUAUGACUUUAAUAUAAUUUAUUUUACUAUAAAUCUGGAGUCAUUUUGAUAUUUAUGGGCCUCGCAUGUUUAUUCGCUUCAUUGAUUCUCCUUAAAAUUAUGCUAAAAUUUGUCUUGAGUGAAAGAGAAUAUUCAGAGAGAAUAUGAAAUAUCACUUUUAACUCACUUUUAUCAAUAAACAACACAUUUCUUUAAGCUAUAACUACAAAUUCAAAACCACAAAAAUAACUGACUAAACACUCUAUUUUAAACUACAUUAUUGUUAAUCUAAUUCAAACUUUAGCCUAAGUGGCUCUCAGAACAAUCCAAACCAAGUUCAUGACCUGAUACACUGAAUGCCGUUUUCAGUGAAACCGCCAAAAGUUUUGAACUUUGCACAGUCCUACUGUAAUCAGCAUAAACUACAGAAAGUAUGAAGGUAAAAAUAAAUACUAACAUUUUAAACAAUUUCUUAAUAUACAGUUUUCCUGUUUUGGGACGUUUUAUGUUCACUACAUCUUCAGCUGGAUUUGGAUAUGAAUGACAUUCAGUGUCAAAAAAUCCUGAAUGUACAAUAAAUCAUGCUGAAUGAAAACUGUCAAAGAUUUAAAAAAAAAAAAAUUAUUGAUCUUGUCUAUAUUGUCCAGAGACUCUCAUUUUUGUCACAGAUUAUAUUUCAGUACUGUAGCUCUGGCUGGACAGCAGGUUAGGUGAGACAUUUUCAUUAAUAAAUCCACUACUUACAGUACUUAGAGUUUUUCUGUUAUAUAGAUUUUUAAAAAUAAUUAUCUUCAUUAUAUUUAUUUAUAGGUUUGGUGUUUUAUUUAUAUUUAUGAGUUUGAGGUCAGUAUUUCAGGAACACUCCCAUGUCAGAAUAAAGUGUGUCUCUUCUCCA